GGCUCGCGCGGAGGGAGCGGCGCGGUGGGGCCCACGGCGGGCGGCGUCGCCGCUUUAAGCGCCGCUUCCGCGGGGGGUCCUUAAAGGGGCCGCGGCGGCGGCGGGCGGCGGCAGAGGCGCCAUGUGGGGGCGACGCGUCGCGGCGGCGCUGCGGGCGCUGGGGCCGGCGCGGGGCUACGGGACGGGGCGGCGCCUGCUGCUGCGGCAGCUGUUCGAGGUGCGCUCCUGCACCUACACCUACCUGUUGGCGGACGCGGACUCGGGCGACGCCGUCGUCAUCGACCCGGUGCUGGAGACGGCGGCCCGCGACACCCAGCUGCUGCGUGAGCUGGGGCUGUGCCUGCGCUACGCCGUGAACACGCACUGCCACGCGGACCACGUGACGGGCUCGGGGGCGCUGCGGGCGGCGCUGCCCGGCUGCCUCUCCGCCAUCUCGCGGGCCAGCGGCGCCCGGGCCGACCGGCUGCUGGACGACGGCGACCGCCUGCGCUUCGGCGCCUUCGAGCUGGAGGCGCGGGCCUGCCCCGGGCACACGCCGGGCUGCGUCGCCCUGGUGCUGGACGACGAGACGAUGGCGUUCACGGGCGACGCCCUGCUCAUCCGCGGCUGCGGCCGCACCGACUUCCAGCAGGGGUGCGCGCGCACGCUGUACCGCUCGGUGCACGAGCGGCUCUUCACGCUGCCCGGGAGCUGCCUGGUCUACCCGGGGCACGACUACACCGGGCAGACGGUGUCGACGGUGGGGGAGGAGCGGCGCCUGAACCCCCGGCUGCGCCUGAGCGCCGACGCCUUCGUGGCGCUGAUGGAGGGGCUGCAGCUGCCCCCGCCCCGGCUCAUCGAUGUCGCCGUCCCGGCCAAUCGCCGCUGCGGGCUGCAGGACGUCAGCGCCUAGCCCCGCCCCCCGCGCUAGGCCCCGCCCCCUGGGCUCGGCCCCGCCCCCCGGGCUCGGCCCCGCCCCCCGCGCCGGGACUCCUGGGCCCCCCCCCCGAGUCGGGGGGGUUUUUUGGCUUCGCAAAUAAAAACGUGUCGGAACAA